CCCCAGCGCAGACGGCAUUGACUCUGCAGGCAGCAUGGAGAGCCCGUCCCAUCAGAGCCAGGGCUCCUUUAGCAGCCUGUCCCCUGUCCCCUCCGGAGUCUUCCCCAGCAGGACAGACUCCCCCUGCAGCUGUGGCUCCGGCCUGUCGGCCUGCAGGCCACUCCCGCGGACGGAGGGGUUCAGCUCCACGGACGAUCUCUGCAGCGUGGCCCCUGAGUCUGAGUCGAACCGCCUGUCCUGGCAGCACAGACACAGUGCCCCAGAGCAGCUCCUCUCCGCCCAGCUGCAGCUGCUGGCCGUGUCCCGUUCCCCGCCCCCCCAGGGAGCCACGACCCCCCCGCACCCCGCAGACGAGCCAGAGAUGGCAGAGGGGGUGUGUGAGGGGGGCUGGAGCGAGAGGAGGAGCUCCACCCCCGGCCUGUUGGAGGAGUCGUGGAGGGAGCCAGCCCCCAGCCCCCCCCAGCACCUCCGCGGGCGCUCUGUCAGUGUGCCGGGGGCUGUGUGGGAGGGGCCUCUGUGCCCGGCCCCAGGGGGCGCAGACACCCUGCAGAACCCCCCCCAGGAAGAGGGGGUGGGAGAUGGCAGCGAGCCCCCGAACCUCCAGCCCAAACCCGGGCCGUCACGCCGCCAGCGCCUGCUGAAGUCCCGCCGGCGAAACGAACGCUUCGCCACCAACCUGCGCAACGAGAUCCAGCAGAAGAAGGCCCAGCUGCUGCGAGCCGCCAGCCCCCUGCUGCAGGAACAGGAGGCGGGAGAGCCGCUCCAGGGUGCCCCCGCUGGAGAGGAGGACUCACUGCAGUCUGCCUCCCAGCCAGGCCACGCCCAUGGAAGCCGCACCUCCCCCUUCAGCACCCAAGCUCCGCCCACCAGGUUCCACGCCCACACUGCGCCUUCCCCACACCCCUCUGCACCCCCUGGCCAGACCCUCACAGUGGUGCCCCUCUGCAGCCGGGGGGAGCAGGCUGUGCUGACAGGAAAGCCCCACAGGUGGCGCUGGACACCUGAGCAUAAGCUCCAGCCAGAGUUCGAACCCAAGGGCAGGAGUUACGGUGCAGGGACUGCGAGCUCGAUGUCCCGCCCCGCCCCCAGGCAUGAGAAGAGCGACCUGCCCCCCUUCGCCGCCCGCAUGCGGUUCUUUGAGGAGACCAGCAGGAGUCUGUCAGUCUCAAACCUGCCAGGCCUGACCAGCCAAUGCCAGAGGCUCAGUCACCCCCCGGUCGAGCUGGACCCGCCUGCGCAGACACCGAGGCCCAGCCAGAGGAGGUACUCCUACCAGGGCUGCGGCGAGCAGGACCCCCGGCUCUACUGCCCCCCGGAGGCCUGGAGGCCGACCGGCAGCUCGAACCCUGAGCACUGCGGCAGCAGGGGAGAACUCAGGGCUGGAGAGGGGGUACCGAAUCCGUCUCUCCCUGCUGACGGCAAAGGCAGGAUGGCCCUGCGUGACCUCUACAGCCCCUGCAACCCUCACAGGCAUCGCUCCGCCUUCCACCCAGUUACACCCCCAGGCCAGCAGGGCGGCGCUCAACAGCAGCCAGGACACAGCCACGGCAGUGAGACUCACGCUGAGGUAAGCAAGACUGCAGAUUCUGUACGUGCACACACUCACACACACACACACACACACACGCUGUGCAUAAUACCACCGCCUGCGGUGCACAGCUGUGUAACACUGCCUUUUAAACAGGUCCCAGCACCUGGGAGAGACGUGGAACACGGACACAUUCACGUUUCGAUUAUUUGCUCUCAGCAUUGCUCCAGCCGUGACGCCAGUCAGACUUUGGAAUGUGAAAACACGUGGAACAUUUUGCACGUUUUGGUGUUUGUCUUGGCUUUUUUUCAGAUGUCCAACAUUAGCUACCUUAUUAACCUUUACUUAGCCAUUCACACAGGCAUACCCCUCAGUUCACCUGCUAUUUUUGGAAUAGCCCUCUGUGUUUCUGUCCUGAAUAACUCUCUCCUGCAGGUGCAUUAUGGGAGGCAGAUGGAAAAAACAGAAUUUACCAGGAAUUUCAGCCUGAGAGAAAGAGACCAGCUGUGCUGCAGUGGAGACUUCCUGCCAGCAGAGGGUGCUGUACCUCCAGACCACGAGAGCCAGCUGGGUGACUCUGUGGUAUGUGAGAGGCUCUCUGAGCGCUGUGUAGAGGAGGAAGCAGCACAUUGGCCAGGGCAGAGGCCCUCUCUGUCCGAAAGUGGCGUCCCUACGGGUCUGCAGCGUCUGCGCAGAUCUGCUGCACAGUUCCAGGCGGCUGUGAGCAGCACUCAGGAGAGCAGUAACACAGCCAGGAAAAAGAGGCCGCCCCCACCCCGCCCCCCUCCUCCAAAGUGGGAGCAGUUCCACCGCAGGAGGGCGUCGUACAACAGCCUGCUGUCCUCCACACCCUCCCCUACCCCAGAGACGCCCAACCGGGCGAGUCCCUCACACCCGCCUGACCACCUGCAGGUGACCCGGCAGCGCUCCUACAGCCUGCCCCUGCGGGAGGGCGUCCCGCCAAGCCCCGCCCUCUCGCACAGAGUGUUCCGCCCGGUGACGCCCCCCGGAGAGCGAGAGAUGUCCCUGCAGCACGCGGGGCUGUCUCACGCACAUGCAUCACCUGAACCCUGCACCAGGCUUGCUGUCUCUCGGACAGCGCCGGACGAGGGAAGGCCACACAUUUUGAAGCCACGGGCAGAGUGGCAGAGGGGUCCGGUGUGUGACGGGCAGGGCAGUUUGGGGGUGCCUGGGAUAGCAAACGGCUCCGCCCGAGAGAGACCCUCACCUCAGUCAUACUUCACCAUAACCUGUGAGCAGCAGGAAGAGGAGGAGCUACAGGACCAGGUGUCCAAUAAGGGCCCAGAGCAGUGGUCUGCAGCAAGGGAGGAGGAAGACAGGCCGUUUGAGACGGAUAUAGACCUAUAUCAAGACAGAAAGACGGACAGUUCCCCCAGGGUGGAGACUCAGUGCUCCGCCAGGAUGGGGAAGGUCUUGGAGACAGAUUUAGACUCCUUCCCAGAGGCACAGGCCCCGCCCCCUGCUGUGUGGAUGGCUCAUCACUGCCCCCUGCUGGAUGUUGACCUGGAGGGCGAUGCUGGGUGUAAUACCAGGGCUGACCUCAUGGAGGAGCUGUUUCCCCACCGUGCUGAGGAGGAGGAGGAUGGCAGGGAGACCUGGAGGGGCAGACAAAGCCUCCUGGAGCUCAGCAGGGACACCCUGCAAAGGGACUCCAGAUGGGGCUUCAGUGCUACUCAAGGCCCAGGCUUCACCUGCUCGAAGGCCCUGCUGCCCAGCUGUGUGAGAGACCUCCCAGGGAGACACGGGGAAGAUGAAGAUGAUGAGCUCUCUUACAAGAAGCAGCUGAUGGAGAGUCUGCGCAGGAAGCUGGCGGUGCUUCGGGAGGCGCAGAGGGGCCUGCAGGAGGAUAUCCGGGCGAACGCCCGUCUGGGCGAGGAGGUGGAGGCCCUGGUGCUGGCCAUCUGCAAGCCCAGCGAGGUGGACAAGUUCCGCAUGUUCAUCGGGGACCUGGACAAGGUGGUGAGUCUGCUGCUGUCGCUGUCUGGGAGGCUGCUCCGCGUGGAGAACGCCCUGGAUAGCCUGGAUGGAGAUGGAGCGCACCACCAACGGCUCCCCCUGCUGGAGAAGAAGCAGCAGCUGCUGGGCCAGCUGAAGGAGGCGCAGUCUCUGAAGGAGCAUGUGGAUGGGCGGCAGCAGGCCGUGAGCAGGGUGCUGAGCCGCUGCCUGACCCCAGAUCAGCUGCGCGACUACAACCACUACGUGAAGAUGAAGGCGGCCCUGCUGGUGGAACAGCGCCAGCUAGAGGACAAGAUCCGCCUGGGCGAGGAGCAGCUGCGUGCCCUGCGGGAGAGCCUGGGGCUGGGCAAUGGCGUGCUCGCGGGGAUAGGCUACUACUGACGCCACGGCAACCACGACUGAACAACUAAUGACGCCACGGCAACCAGGACUGGAUUACUGACACCACGGCAACCAUGAAUGGACUACUGAAGCCAUGGCAACCAGGACUGGAUUACUGACACCACAGCAACCGUGACUAGACUACUGACGCCACGGCAACCAUGACUGGACUACUGACGCCACAGCAACCAUGACUGGACUACUGACACCACGGCAACCAGGACUGGACUAAUUUCACGAUUGAACCCGUGGAAACUAUGACUGGCUACAGUGACUACAGACAGCAGGGUGAUACUUACAUUACCCGCUACCAAAGUGCAAAGCUCCCCUCCAUCCUGUUGAUUUUGGCUCCUUAAUAAAGUCCCUUUUGUGGGUGUGAGUAUGGGUGUGUGUGAG